AUGGCUGGAUUUAUAUCUAACACUGAUAUAAACAGAAUUCCAAUUUCUCUUAAUGACCCUAACCUUGAAGCGUUGCUAUUUCCAGAUUUAUAUCCCGAUGGUCACGGCCACUAUUGUGAAAUGAGAAAUCAGUUAGAAAAUAUACAACGACGACAUGAUACAUUUGGAAAAUAUAUUAAGCAUCGCUUGCUUUCUAAAGAUUCCCGUUUCCGACUACAUCAUUACUGGCCGGCAUGGGCAUAUCUUCAAUUAGAAAAAUAUAGAAACUUUCAAAACACACAACGAUUAGUUCGUCAAUCAACAGUCAACGAAUCACAUCGCCCACCAACUGCAAUUGAUAUUAUUGAAAGAAGCACUUACACUGACGGCUGGCGCUACAAUGAAACAAAAACAACUCCAAUUCCUACAUUCAUCCGUACCGGAGAUGGCUACUUUCAAAAAAAAAAUAUGCAUUUAAAUACAAUGAUUCGCGAACUCGGUCUUCCAUCCAUAUUCGUUACCUUAUCGAUGGCUGAAGGUUCAUGGAGUCAUCUUCGUGAUAUACUUGCCGGUACUGAUAAUAAUAACCCAUUACCAACCAACAGACCUUUACAUACAACACUCCACUUUAUUCACAGAUUGCAAAAUCUUAAAAAACAUGUCUGGAAAAAUCAAAAUAUCAGUGAAUGGGGCUCUUAUACCCAUUUUUUUGAUCGAAUAGAAUUUCAAAAUCGUGGAGCAGCCCACUUACAUGGAGUUUAUUGGACAACCUCAGAUAUAGCUGAAAUGAUUAGCUCAAACACUAUUCGAUCAACCCUUCCAGAUCCCGAUUUAGAACAAGAACUUUAUCAAAAAGUUUGCACCUUUCAAAUACACACCUGUAGUUCUAAAUGUGGAGGUCCAGCUCCAUCAGGAUCUAUAUGCAAAAAAGGUUUCCCUCGUCCGUUUUCUGAAUUUACUCAUUACGAUUCCGAUAAUUAUAGAUAUACGUAUAAAUGCCUAACUCCAGAAGACCAAUGGGUAAUUCCAUACCACGCACCUACUUUAAUGAUAUGGAAUGCUCAUAUUAAUGUUCAAUAUAUUACAAGCAAAGGUCUCGCCCG